AUGGCGGCUGCAAUAAACAUCGCUCUCCUGAUUUUUGCUUUAUCAAAUGUUAAGAAGCAAUCUUUUGCCAGUUCAAAUUCAGUUUGUUAUUCGUUUGAUGGUGGAGAAGUUACGGAUGCAUGUAACUCUCGCAUUACGACUUCGCUGUGGGUUUAUAAGCAAGAAAGAGGCAUUCACUUAGGCCAAAAGUCAUAUUCUGGCUUAAGCCUAUUGUUGAUUCUGGCUGGAGACGUUGAACUCUGCCCUGGUCCAAGUGUAAAAUGCUUUAAUUGUAACAAGACGAUACGAAAAAACCAAAGCUCAGAAACGUGCUGUCAUUGCGAAAGUAAAUGCCAUCUAAAGUGCCUAGUAGACGUGGUUGAAUAUGGCCACGGGAAGUUAUAUUGUCCAGUGUGUGUGAACAUAAAUGAAAGCCGAACCAGCGAGCCUAGUAUCCUUAAUACACUCUAUGAUGAUGUAAAAACGUUUCUCCAGGCUAGAGGCCUGAAGAUCUUUCAUCAAAAUGUUAAUGGCCUAGUACGGAAAAUUGAUAUAGUUGAUCACUUGCUGAAGGAGACGAGCGGGAAAAUUGAUAUAUUGGGGAUAUCCGAAACACACUUGAAUAGCGACAUCAUGCAAGAGGAGGUAAAAGUGAACGGAUAUACAUUUAUCCGAAAUGAUAGAAAGACCGGCCCCGGCGGUGGAGUGGGUUGUUUUAUUCGCAACGACUUAGGAUGGCAAAGACGAACUGAUUUAGAAUAUGAUGGCGUUGAAGCGAUAUGGUUAGAGAUCUUUAUUAAGAAUGCAAGAUCCCUGCUUGUCUGUAACAUAUAUAGGCCGCCAAUUACUUCAAAAUACCUGCAUCCAGAGUUUGAAACCGUAUUCGAGGACAUGAUAAACACUAGCAUGUGUGAGGAUAAACAGACUAUUUUAGUUGGGGACAUGAAUGCCGAUUAUUUAAAACAAUCGAAGGAUAGAAACAUCAAGCGUAUUAUCAGCACAAACGGCUUAAAACAGCUAAUUAAAAAACCAACUAGGGUGACAAAAGACUCAAGCACGCUUAUCGAUAUCAUAGCAACUAGUCAUGAACAAAACAUCCUAAAGACAUAUGCAAAUUCCAUCAGUGAUCAUGACCUCGUGGGAAUGAUUAUGAAGAAAAGCAAUCGUAAAUUCAAACCGAGAACAAUAUAUACGAGAAACUUUGCAAAGUAUAAUGAAGCUAACUAUAAGGAAAAUUUACGUAAUCUAGAUUGGGAAAAUGUAACGCAGGAGCCUGAUAUUAAUAAUGCGUGGGAUACUUUCAAAAGCCUUUUGAAAUCGGUGAUAGGCAAACAUGCCCCACUAACUAAGAAAAGAGUGCGUGGUCGAGACAGUCUCUGGUUUACAAAUGAAAUAAAAACGAAGACCUACGAACGGGACUAUUAUCUCAGAAAGGCGAGAAAAUCAGGUAAAGAGAUCGACUGGUCAACGUAUCGCCGUCUUAGAAAUGAUGUGACGCGAUCAAUCCGACAAAGUAAAGCGAAUUACACGAGACAAAUCUUCAGAGAAAACAUCAAUACACCAAGGAAAUUUUGGAAUCAAAUAAAGAAGUGUUUUCCAACGAAGGGAUCAAGAGACGCUGGCUCUAAAGUUUUUAACGUUGAUGGCAAGCCUACGUCGAACGUGAAUGAGGUUGCGAAUGGUUUCUGCAAAUUCUUCACCAGCAUUGGAAAAAGGCUGCAGGACGUUCUACCAAAGUUGACUGAUAUAGCCUGGAUGCACCAUGAUCAUUCAAAUUCCAAACGUAAACUAAACCCUCGAAACUGCACUUUUAAAUUUCAGAAGGUCAGCAGUAAAGAGAUCAAGGAUGUUAUGAAGAAACUGAACAGAAAGAAAGCCCAAGGUUAUGACGAAAUCCCUAUAUCUUUUAUAAAAGAUGGCGCUGAUAUAUUGGCUGAGCCGUUAACAACAAUAAUCAACCGAUGCUUAAAAAAUUCCCUCUUUCCAUCAGCAGAAAAAUGCGCGAAAAUUACACCAAUAUACAAGUCUGAAGAAAGAUCACUUUUGGACAACUAUAGGCCCAUUUCCAUCCUGCCGGUGCUUUCCAAAGUGUUUGAGCGUGUGGUCCACCGACAACUAUAUGCAUAUCUUGAAGAAAAUAAUCUCCUUUCAAAAAAUCAAUUUGGCUUUCGAACCAAAUCAUCGACUCAGCAUGCAGUGACAAAAUUUUCUGAUUCCAUAAGACAAAACAUGGAUAAAGGUUUAAUGACUGGUGCAAUAUUUAUCGACCUACGAAAGGCGUUCGACACCGUUGAUCAUGCUCGCUUGCUGUCGAAACUGACCAUUUACGGCAUCAGAAACGACGAACUUAUGUGGUUCGAAGACUAUCUUUUUAACAGAACACAAUUUGUUGCAUUUGAGGGUGUUGAAUCAUCAGUUCAGCCAAUUUCCUACGGGGUGCCCCAGGGCUCAAUUCUGGGUCCUUUGUUGUUUGUCCUUCUAGUCAAUGAUAUUGAUAUUCAUCUGAAACGGUGUGAAAUUAUCCAGUACGCUGAUGAUACUGUCAUAUACCAUGCCGACAGAACUUGUGAAAGAAUUGAAGAACACCUUAACAAUGACAUGGAACAGAUUUCCAACUGGUUUGUCCCAAACAACUUGGUAAUAAACCUCAAACGUUCAAAGACGGAGUGUGUUCUCUAUGGUACUCAUAAAAAACUUCCAAAUCAAGACCAAUGGAAAUAA